UCCUCGCCGCCGACGCAACGCGCGCCUGCGCGCAGUUUACCCCGGUGUGUUCGGGCCGUCAGCCGGCCCAGCUGAGCAGAGCGGGAAGCUCCCACUGUGGGACAGGCCUUGUCACUGGCUCGACAGCUUCCACCGUCUGCUGUCGCCAUCCUCUCUCGGUUUGUUCCCGCAGCACGCAUCACCAUGGGCAAGAGCCGGACGAAGCGCUUCAAGCGACCUCAGUUCUCCCCUACCGGCGACUGUCAAACUGAGGAAGCAGCGGCGAACGGGACUGAGGGAGAGGAGGACGAUGGUCCCGCAGCGGAGCUGCUGGAAAAGCUGCAGCACCCGAGCGCCGAAGUCCGCGAGUGCGCCUGCGCGGGACUGGCCCGGUUGGUGCAGCAGCUGCCGGUGCUCCCCGGGCUGGCGCGGCGGGACGCCGUGCGCCAGCUCGGGCCGCUGCUGCUCGACCCCAGCCUGGCGGUGAGAGAGACGGCGGCCGGCGCGCUCAGAAAUCUCAGUGCUUGUGGAGGUUUUGAAGUUUGUGAUGACAUGGUGACUAAGGACGUCAUGACUCCCCUGGUUGCCCUGCUAAAAGAGUGUAGUGCUGGACUGGAUUCAGAUGAGCUGUCUCCACAGGAAAAAAAAGAUCAGAACAGAAAUUCUGUUGAGAGCAUAGCUAAUGAGGCUGUGAACCUGCUGUGGAAUAUAUGUGAAUGCAGUAGUAGAGCAGUAUCUAUAUUCAACAAAGAAGGGUGUUUGGAGAUUGUAUUAAAGUAUUUAAGUAGGUUUCCCACCAAUGUUGACCUGGCUAUUUCAGUAGCACAUUGUUUGCAGACAGUGACUGAAGAUAACCCAGAGCUACUGAAAUCUUUCAGCUCUGCAGCACUGCAUGUGCUGGAGUCAGCAAUGCUCUCUUCUGUCAAUUCCAUGGAAUACCUUCUGUUAAAGACAUUGGUGGCAGGCACAAUUUGGAAUCUAAAGGACAUUAUUCCAUCUAAGAGUCAGGCAGAAAUCAUAAAUGCUGUAAUAAAGGUCUUAUCUGAAGUUUUGGAAAUGGAUGCUGGUGAAAUGGUUAUUCACAUGAAGGAGGCUGAAACACAAAGAUUAAAAAGUGCUGCAGAGACUGAGGAAAUAUUAGAGAAUGCUAAUGGCCAUGCUUUGGUUGAAGACGAGGAAAUGGAAGAAAUUCCUCAUAAAGGAAAAGUCAGAAGAAAAACUUAUGUUUCAGAUUUACUUCCGCCCAUCGACAAGGAGCUGAGACAGACCAUUGCACUGCUGACAGCUCAACAGACUGCUCUAGAAAUUAUUGUCAACAUGUGCUGUAGUGAAGAUCCCUCCGAUGAUGAAUGGGAAGAGCUUUCUAGCAGUGAUGAAAGUGACGCAUUUAUGGAUAAUUCCUUCAGUGAUUGCUGUGGGCAGCUGCUAUCACCUCUGUGCCUCUCCCAUGAAGUUCACACCGCUCUCACCAACUACCUCAUCCCAAAGAAGAUUUUUGAGAAAACUGCCUUUCCAAACAGCACUGCAGUUGACAUAUGUUCUAGGAAUCCCACAUGGAAACCUUUGAUUAGGAAGAUGAACACUAUACAAUGUAGAGCCCUCGUGUGCCUCCAAAGUCUUGUUUCCCUCCUUGAUGUGGACCAUCUGGGAGGAGCUCCAGCCCUUCAGACACUUGCACAGCAUCUGUCACAACUUCUUUUUUCUCAGCCAGAUUUUGCUAAACAUGCUGACUUUCUAGAAGCCAUAAGUAGUGCCUUGAGGGCCCUUUUACAAACAAUGGCCUCCAAGAACAUUUCUCAGUGCAUGACACCUGAUCAGCUGAUGACAUUUUGCAAAGCAGGCGCGUAUAGUAGUAGCAUCGGGGUUAGAGUAAAUGUCGUUAGUAUUUUAGGAAUCAUUGGCAGCGUCCUAGCCAAAGAAGAUGGUACUCUUGAAAUACUUAAGACCAUUGGGCGCUUUCUGAUUGAGAUUGCCACCAAGGAUCCUUCCCUUAUAGUGGCAGGAGAAGCUCUGGAUGCCCUCUUUGAUGCUUUUGCAGAUGGUAAAGAAGCUGAGAGAGCUUCAGUUCAAAUUAAAUUGUUAUGUGCACUGAAAGAAUUCCAGCCAGUCUUCAAAAUGAAGAUACGUAAAGAAGGGAGAGGUAAAUACAGUCCAGAUCAGCUGUGUGUUCUCGACAACGUGAAGAUGAAUUUGAGAAGGUUUAUCACUUACCAAGAAACUGUUGAGAAAAGACUGACUUCUUGAACCUUCAAAGGAGAGGUCAAUUCUUGCUCCAAACUGUUUAAUGCUAAGAAUAUAAAGGGUUUCCACUAACUGUAUACAUUUCUGAAAGUCAGUUUUAAAUACUUGUAUUCUGUACAUUAAUUUGAAAUUCAUAAAAACUUCAAAACUUGUCAGAAAUGUUUUUAAGCCUUGGAAUCUGUGUAGUAUUUCUAAUACUUACAUUUUAAUUGCUGGAAACACAAAGAGUGGAAACACAAAGGAAUCUCAGGUGGUUUUUAACUGAUUCAUGAACAGUGGGGAAACUUCCAAACAAUCAUGUUUUCCUUGAAUUUUACAAAGAAAAAAAAAUAGAAAGCGUUGCUUUGAUGUUCUUUUAAGUCACUAUCAUCUUAUAUUAGCUGAAUCUAACUGAAAUAUGAAAACAAGCUUUAUAAUACAUUUUUUUUGGUAUGAAGCAUACCAAUUAUGUUUACCUUUUUUGAAGUGAAUGAGUUGAGGUUGUAUUUCACUAUUUAGUAAAUUAUACUAGUGAGCUAAUGAAAUUGUCUUCCUCUACACAGGAGGAACUGAUCAGUUAUUGCUUUGUAACCUGACUCCUUGAUUUGAUGUGAAAACAGAAUUGGGAGAAAGUAUUUUUGAAUAAAUAACUUUGAAUUGAA